AUGGCGCUAGCCUCCCGUACGUUCUCCAACUACAAGCUUCAGAUAUGCAGCAACAGAAUGAAUACCGAGCCGGUCAUUAUCGACUCUGGAUCUGACGAUGAUUUGGAAGUGACAGGGUAUUCACGGCUUAGCGCUCCUACAGCCACGGCGAGAACAGAGAAUACUACCCCACUGAAAUCAGAAGCAAUCGGCUCUACUCCCCAAUUUACAAGCCCACCGAUCGAUAUCGAUUCCGAAGAAUAUGAGGAUGAGUUCAAUGAUGGCGAGGCGGCAUACAAGAAGUUCAAAGAGCGCAAAACCAUCAAGCGCAGGAAAAGCGCGGCUGCGACCCGCAAGGCAAAGAUUCCCAAGAGGGAGCCAGCUUCCAGCAACCAGAUCGUAGGACUUGCGAAGCAAGAGCGAGCAAAUCCUACGCCAAAGAGACUACAAAAAAAACAUGGCGAGGAUGUAUCAUCAGAGGAUGAGCUCAUGGAGUAUACCCUUCCUGGAUACUUGAAGAAACGCCGUCGCCAGUUUGACCAAGAACAGGAGCAUCUUAAGGAACAUGGCUUGAAGCUGCCACCCUCAUAUAAGGACAUAGAAUUCUCCGACGAUGAGCGCUUGGAACAUCUUCAAGAGAAACCAUCUUUCCCUGGCAGAACUCCACCCCGAGAGUACAAGGACAUCACUCUACCGUACUCCCUUGGCCUGAUCCCUGCGCCGAUCGCUCAGUGGCUGCGGCAAUAUCAAGUCGAGGGGGUCGCGUUCCUACAUGAGAUGUUUGUGUAUCAAAAGGGUGGCGUGCUUGGAGACGAUAUGGGCCUUGGAAAGACCAUCCAAGUCAUUGCAUUCUUGACUGCGGCAUAUGGCAAGACUGGCGAUGAAAGAGAUGCCAAGAGGAUGCGAAAAAUGCGUCGGGCUGACAAUGAUGUUUGGUACCCUCGCACGCUGAUUGUGUGCCCUGGGACUCUGAUCUCGAACUGGAGAUCGGAAUUUCAGCGCUGGGGUUGGUGGCAGGUGGAUGAAUACCAUGGCCCCAAUAAAGACCUCGCGUUGCAUGCUGCGAAGUCGGGGAGAGUGGAGAUUCUUAUCACGACAUACAAUACCUACGUGAGCAACAAAGAUAAUAUCAACAUGAUUGAAUGGGACUGCGUUAUUGCCGAUGAGUGUCACAAGAUCAAAGAGAGAAAAUCGGAAACAACCAAGUCUAUGAAUGAAAUCAAUGCCCUCUGUCGAAUUGGCUUAACAGGAACAGCUAUUCAAAAUCGAUAUGAAGAGCUUUGGACACUACUGAACUGGACAAACCCAGGAGUUCUAGGACCAGUAACAACCUGGAAAGCUCAAAUUUGCGAGCCCCUCAAGCUUGGGCAGUCUCAUGACGCGACAGUCAACGAACUCAGCAAAGCUCGAAGAACGGCGAAAAAGCUGGUUGAAAACCUGCUACCGCAGUUCUUUUUGCGACGAAUGAAGACCCUGAUAGCGGAUCAGCUGCCUAAGAAGAGUGACCGAGUCGUCUUUUGUCCCCUGACUUGGUCACAGGCUGAGGCCUACGAGAAUUUCCUUGACAGCGACAUCAUGCAAACAAUCAAGAGGUCGACAGACCUAUGCGACUGUGGAAGCAAAAAGAAGGCGGGCUGGUGUUGCCAUAAAUUCGUCCCUGGCACUGAGACUCCCUGGCAGGCAUAUGUUUUCCCGGCCAUCAAUGUGCUCCAGAAGCUCAGCAACCAUCUAGCGAUUUUAAUUCCACAGGGGAAUGACCCAAGAGAGAAGCAGGAAAAGGACAAGGAGAUGCUCCAGAUCGCCGUCCCGGAAAAGUGGGAAGAGUUGUAUCGCUCGCGUGACUCCCUUGUAAAUUUUGCCAACCCAGAGUUCUGUGGCAAGUGGAAGGUGCUCAGAAAGCUACUGCGCUGGUGGCAUUCGAAUGGAGACAAGGUGCUCGUAUUUUCGCAUAGCGUCCGCCUUCUAAAGAUGUUACAGAUGCUGUUCAAGAGUACUAGCUAUAAUGUUAGCUACCUCGAUGGAUCGAUGAAAUACGAAGACCGCUCGAAGGCCGUGGAUGAGUUCAACUCUGAUCCGAAUCAGUUCGUGUUCUUGAUCUCCACCAAAGCCGGCGGUGUUGGGCUUAACAUUACCUCUGCGAACAAAGUCGUUGUGGUCGAUCCAAAUUGGAAUCCAUCAUACGAUCUUCAGGCACAAGACCGCGCAUAUCGGAUUGGACAGGUCCGAGAUGUAGAGGUUUUCCGACUUGUGUCUGCCGGUACCAUAGAAGAGAUUGUAUACGCCCGGCAAGUCUACAAACAGCAACAAGCGGAAAUCGGAUACAAUGCGAGUUCCGAACGGCGUUAUUUCAAGGGCGUCCAAGAGCGAAAAGACAAGAAAGGGGAGAUCUUCGGCUUGCAGAAUCUCUUUUCUUACCAGCAUGAUAAUGUCGUCCUUCGCGACAUUGUCAAUAAGACGAACGUUGCUGAGAGCCGCGCUGGCGUUCAAGUGAUGGACUUCCAUUUCCAAGAAGAUGACGUAGGGGCAGGAGAUCGACCUAUCAAAUCAGAAGACGAAGCGAUGAGCCAGUUCGCAGCUAUGAUCAGCGGAGGUGGAGAUGGUGAAGAAGACACCAAGGCUCACGCAACGCCGCGUGUCCACGACCCGGUCCAGGCAAUUCUCUCCAGUGCAGGGGUAGAAUACACCCACCUAAAUAACGAAGUCAUUGGCUCUUCACGCGUUGAAGAAAAGCUAAGCCGACGUGCUGAACUCGUUUCUAACGACCCAACUGCAAACGCUCAAGUCUUUGGGCAUUCUUCAGAUCUUGAGGACGAUGGCCUCUGGUCGCCUCGAAGCUCAGAGGGCGAUGAUGGCAACGUGACACCCCGAGCUAAAGAGCAUCAGGGAUUCCGAUUCAAAUACCACCCGCCGAUGGAUAUCAAACGCCGUCAAUUCUGUAGCAUGGCACGACGUCUGGGUUAUGCUGAUGCGACGGAAUUUGCUCUUGUGGUUGAGAACAUGACACAGGCGGAGCGUAGAGCUUGUCUUGACCGUUGGUAUUCAGAGCGUCGAGGCAUUCUAUUUUCAAAAGAUAGAGUAAAGGCCGAGGUCAAGGAUGAGAAAUGA